AUGCUGCACAUGCUGAAUCAGGAACAGCAGCUGCUCCAGAUUUCCAGCGCGCGACCAAUCCUCGAGGAGUGGUGGAACUUCACGUGCUCUGUCGUCACUCCAGAAUGUUUCAUCCCUUCGGGAGGCCAGGAAGGACUCAUAAUCCUGCUGGAUUUCUCGGAGCUUAUGGACAGGAGGGAAGAUGCAGUAAGGCUCUUCCAAACAUUUUGGCGGUUCCAGGACAGGUCUUUUAUGACUCUGUGCCGUGGCUUUGCGGCCCUUCACCCGCGGUCGCGCGCUUCCACGAUCUCCGCCGCACAGAUCAUCACCGAUUCUUUCAUAUCAGGUAGACUUGACGGUACGUUUUCCAGUAGCCUGGGUGCUUAUUAUCAUUGCUCAUCCCCAAGUAUCUCCUCAGACCAGGCAACGAUGAUAACGCACUCGAUCAGAUUGAUGAAGGUGUACGCAGCUGGUCAUCUCAACGGCAGCGGUUUCACCGUGUUAGACGUUGUCAGGUUCACACUCUUCCACUUGCGACUCUAUGACAUACAUCUCGGGCGCGAGGUCCACUGGCAACCGUGUUACUCCCCUCAUCCACGUAGGACCAACUCUCCGAGCCCGUUGGCCGACACCAUCGACUGGGCUGGGCUGUGGCAUGUGCUCGUUCGUGCACUGAAGGAGUACAAGCGCGCUGAGAGGUGGAAGAAGCCCUACUCCUCGGACCAGGAGUACUGGCAUGCUACCACACAGCCGAUACUCACUGCAGACGAAUUGCUGGCCCAGGACCGCGAACUCGCAACCGAGUGCCUGCGCAUUACCGAGUCCAUCGAGGAGGCAGACUCCGGUGACGAAUGUCAUCUGGCAGUAGACAGAUCCACGCCGCACUUUGAAGACGAGUUUGUCGUCGCCCUCGGAUGCUUUAUCCUUCCUGAAGACGUUCCGAAGUUCCCCAGCCUCGUGAAGCUCGAGGUGAAAGGACGGUUCUCUCCGGAGCUGCAGAAGGAGCGCGACCAAGGUAACGACAAGGAGGAGUCGGAAAGCGAGAAGGAAGACUCAGACGACGAUAGAAAGAGUAGUGGCAGAGGGAGAUUGAGGAGGAUUGUAACAAAGACUCGCCGCAACGGUAUCGAGAUCCGCUUGCCGGUAAACUUGGGGAGCAGCUAG